UUUCACCAAUAGGGACAUUAUGCUCAAGGAGGCGAAAAUGUUAAACUCUUCAUCCUGCUGACAAAUGACUGGGCUGACUCUGCUAAUCCAGAAGAAAUCGAAUGCGAUUUUAAUGAGCGCCUGAGAAAAUAAUUGCACAAGCCGUAAUGCUGUCCAGCCAAAUGAAUCUAGAUACAUAUUUCUGCGGGGAGAGGAGGAGGAGGGACAAACUGCUCUUAAAACAUUUGAAUGAGUCCCAGUCCAAAAUAUUUUUGCUCCAGGCUGAAGCAGCAGAUUUUUUGACCAGGAAGCGAUUGAGAUUUUUACUUUUUUUCUUGGUUGAUCAAGGCAAACCUUUCUUUGAUGUCUUGUCUCUGCUAAUUAAUUGUCAUUCCCAGCCAUUGUUUCUAGUCGCAUAAAAGUUUGUUCCCCUUCACGGUGAAUCUGCUGUUCCAUAAAAUGAAGUCACCGGCGUGCUUGCCCGGCUGGAGGACCCUCCAUGACAACGCAGGGGUGAACAAAUCAGUAGCCUGGUUACGGGCUACAUCUCCGCAGCAUUCAAAGCUCCUUGCAACUCCCAAUUUUGAAUCAAAAGCGGCUGACAAAGCUCUGGCCGAGGGCUGUGCCCCCUUUAAAUCUGUUCACCGGAGACCUUUUUUAUGGCCACCGCAAGUUAAUACUUGUUACCAAUAAUGGCCCCGUUGGUAAGCCAGCGGGCUGCGACGCUCCAAAGCCGGGGUCUUUAGGGUUGCCGUUGCAGCCUUUCCCCGGGGGCGGUUGGACCCUGGCUGGGGUACGGGAAAACAGCAGCACUGAGCGCAGCCUGCAAGGUAAAACACUGAACAAUGCGUUUCCUGCCACUUUGUGAGCUGAAUCCCGAGGCCUCUCGCUACCAGAAAGCAGCAGGCAAACGUAGCCAGGCCCCUGCUUCCCCGCCGCACAAAGGAAAAGCUCGUGCAGGAAGCAUUAAUGCCUCCGAGCGCACGUGGGCGGACCCUGGUGCGCUGUGACCCUAGGUUUUACCGCUGGGGUCUUUGCAGGCAGUUGGGCUGUGACUUGGGAAACCUGCUCCCUCCUUGCCAGCAUCCUGGGGCCUUGGGGCGGCACUGCCGCUGCGGGACACGCGGUCCUACCUAUGCUGGCAGCGCUGACAGAGAUGGAGGCAGCUCCAGCGCGAGCACCGGUGCAGCCCAGGGGCCGGGCACGCAACUCGGGUGCUCAUGUUCCUGACGGAGCUGACCCAGGCAGCUGGCAGCCCUGGCGUGCGAGUCCUGGCUCAGCCUGCCUGUGCCUGGCUUGCUCCCUGACUUGCUGCAAGGCCGUUUUUGUGGCAGGAGGGAGAUUGCAGGGAUGCUGUGAAAUUGAGGUGGGGUUUCGGUCUAGGACUCUGUGGGUGUCCCCGGGCUGGCGCUAAGAUGACCCCGUUUCACGGGGGCACGGCCAGUACUGCCUCUAACCCGGACAAAUCAGUGUCCCUGUUCUCUUUCCGUCUUUGAAGCGUGGGACAUGCUUCGUCUAAAUAUAGACGGCCCUGGACUUGACUAAUAUGGACAGGGACAGGGUGUCGACCUCAGUGCAUCUCCCUUGACUUCUGUUACAGUCGUAUUUAAAGCGGCAGGUCUGUCUUGUUGGAGUAUUGCGGGGCUCUGCCGGUCAGACCAAACAUGGUUAGGCAAGAAUCGGGCACCUCCGUGUGUGUGGGGGGCACUGGCAUGCCAAGCAUCAGCGAGAGCUUCCUUACAGUGAAAGGGGCCGCACUCUUCCUGCCGAGAGGAAAUGGGUCUUCUACUCCCAGGAUCAGCCACAGGCGCAACAAGCAUGCAGGAGACCUCCAGCAACACCUGCAGGCCAUGUUCAUCCUGCUCCGGCCCGAGGACAACAUCCGCCUGGCUGUAAGACUGGAAAGCACGUACCAGAACCGCACUCGAUACAUGGUGGUGGUGUCCACCAACGGCCGGCAAGACACCGAGGAAAGCAUUGUCCUAGGAAUGGAUUUCUCUUCCAAUGACAGUAGUACUUGUACCAUGGGCCUGGUGCUGCCACUGUGGAGCGAUACCCUUAUCCACUUGGACGGGGAUGGCGGGUUCAGCGUCUCGACGGAUAACAGGGUUCACAUAUUCAAGCCGGUGUCCGUGCAGGCCAUGUGGUCUGCUCUGCAGAGUUUGCACAAGGCCUGUGAGGUGGCCCGAAGCAACAACUACUAUCCCGGGAGCCUCUUCCUCACCUGGGUCAGCUACUAUGAGAGCCACAUCAACUCCGACCAGUCGUCCGUCAACGAGUGGAAUGCCAUGCAAGAUGUGCAGUCCCACCGCCCCGACUCGCCCGCCCUCUUCACGGACGUCCCCACGGAGCGCGAGCGCACGGAGCGGCUGAUUAAGACCAAGCUGAGGGAGAUCAUGAUGCAGAAGGACUUGGAGAACAUCACAUCCAAAGAGAUCCGCACAGAACUGGAGAUGCAGAUGGUGUGCAACCUCCGGGAGUUCAAGGAGUUCAUCGACAAUGAGAUGAUCGUGAUCCUCGGGCAGAUGGACAGCCCCACGCAGAUCUUCGACCAUGUCUUUCUGGGCUCUGAGUGGAACGCCUCCAACCUGGAAGACUUGCAGAACAGAGGGGUGCGGUACAUCCUGAACGUCACUCGAGAAAUAGACAACUUCUUCCCGGGGCUCUUCGAGUACCACAACAUCCGGGUGUACGACGAGGAGGCGACGGACCUGCUGGCCUAUUGGAACGACACUUACAAGUUCAUCUCCAAAGCAAAGAAGAACGGCUCUAAAUGCCUGGUGCACUGCAAGAUGGGGGUGAGCAGGUCGGCUUCCACAGUGAUCGCCUAUGCCAUGAAGGAGUACGGCUGGAACCUGGACCGGGCCUACGACUACGUGAAGGAGCGCCGCACGGUCACCAAGCCCAACCCCAGCUUCAUGAGGCAGCUGGAGGAGUACCAGGGGAUCCUGCUGGCCAGCAAGCAGCGGCACAACAAGCUAUGGCGCUCGCACUCGGACAGCGACCUCUCCGACCACCACGAGCCCAUCUGCAAACCUGGGAUGGAGCUGAACAAGAAGGAGAUCACCACCUCCGCUGACCGCAUCUCCGAGGCCAAGCCCAGCGACAGCCGCCCGCCGGCAUCCCCCACCUAUGCGGCCGAGCUGAGCACGGAGCGUCGGCUCCAGGGGGAUGCGGCCGUGAUCGAUGAGCUGUGCACCAAGGAAAGGAGGAUCCAUCUGGAGUUCACGUCCAGAGACUUCCACGCCGAGCAGAUCGAGGAUGAGCUGAACCUGAACAACAUCAAUGGGUGCUCAGCCGGCUGCUGCCUCGACGAAUCCAAGUGCCCCCUGGAUAACUGCCAUGCCUCCGAGGCCUUGAUGCAGCUCGACCAGCCCCUGGAGAUAGCCACAGACUUCCCCGACCUGACAGUGGAUGACCUGGAGAAAGAUGCCCUUAAGCCAGACAUGAACGUGCACUUGGUCCCCAUGGAAGAACUUGCUGCCAGGCUAAAAGACCUCCCCAGGUCGCCCGACCAGGAUUCCCCGAGCCCACAGCUUCAUUCCCAGCCCGAAGCUGCUGACUUCAGCACGGACCGGAUCGACUUCUUCAGCGCCCUGGAGAAAUUCGUGGAGCUCUCCCAAGAGAGCCGGUCUCGCUCCUGUUCCCACUCGAGGGCGGAAGAGCAGGGCAGCGGGAGGAAUGGGGUCGCGAAGGGAUCGGUGCUGGAGGUGCUGCCUGCGGUGGAGACGGGCAUCACUGUUCAGAGAACCGGCUCCCUGGGCAACUCCCCACAAGUGUCGGAAGAUUCUUCCACGGAUGAGGAGCAAGCAAAGGAAGUCUCGGAGCUGCCUGGCACGGGCCCCCUCACGCGAUCCCACUCGGAAAACUCAAUAUCCGUGAAGGAGAUCGUCACGGAAAUCGAGUCCAUCCACCAGGGCGUGGGGCCGGGCCUGCAGAAGACAGACGGUGCUGCUGGCCACGCGCCGGUGCUGCCCAAGAGGAACACGGUCCACGAGCUGCCGGCCGAGGCAGCCUGGCCAUCCGAACACAAGCCUGGCAAGGCCGAGCCAGGCGAUGGCAUUUGCACGGCCCAGCAGGAGAAGGCAAAAGAGCCUCUGCAAGCAGAAGAGGACGGGGCUGACCCGGAGGAGAGCAGCCCAGCCGAGGACCAGCAGGAGCUGCAGGGAGAAGGCCUUGCCCUGGCGCCCAAGUGGUGCCCGGGCUCGGUACGACGUGCCACGCUGGAGUUCGAGGAGCGCCUGAGGCAGGAGCAGGAGCAGCAGCACGGGGCGCCUGGGGGCCUGCUGCCCACCCGCAAGAACUCCCGCAACGACCCUGCCACCACCGAGCCCGCGCCCCGCGGCAGGAGCGAGGAGCCGUCUCACGAGCCGGCCCCAACCUACGGGGAGGACGACAGCCACCAGGCCAGGCCGGGGAGCCCCGAACCCCCUGUUGGCACGUGCCCUGUUGUGGAGCCCCUGCCCGCGGAGCUCGGCAUGGAGCAGGAGGGGCCAGUGCGGGAGCGCCGGACGGUGGUGCUGCUGGAGAGCUCUGCGGUGCCGGCCCUGCCUGGCCCCCUCCCCAAGAGGAUCGAGAUCAUCGAGUACGGACAGGCGUCUGAGCUGCUGGGCCCCCACGAGUGUGACGCCAGCUGCGGGCAGGGUGGCACGGGGCCAGGCUUGACCACCCUGGAGCUGCCACCGCUGGAUGAAAACCUGAACCCCUCGGUGUGCACGGGGACAGCCGCCGUGUGCCCGCAGUCUCUGCCACUGCAGCACCCUCCCAUGCCGGGACCCACGGCAGCCCAACAGGCCACCUCCACCCCAGGCAGCCCCCAGCAGGGCUGUGGUGGGACACCGAUGCUUCUGGCUGCCACCUCCCCCCUUGGCCAGGCGAUACCCUCACCCUCGGCAGACCCCGAGUGCCUGAGCCUGUUUCACCUGGAGGGCGUCACGGAGCAGAGCACGAGCACGGACGAUGAGCCGGCCGCACCUUGCAGCGCCGGUGGGGGCGGGCAGCUCCUAUGCGGGGGCAGCUGCAGUGCCUUGAUGCUGUUGAGCCACGAGGACCUGACUGUGCUCGGCCGCCUUGCCAGGGGCCAGAGGGAGCCUUGCGAAGGCUGGGACUUCUUCCUCUGCUCCGGCCUCCCCCACAGCUCUAGCAGCCGCAGCGUGGAGGACCGCAGCAGCCACCCCAGCCUGGUCCAGCUGCGCGCCACGGAGCUCGAGGCACGCAUGCGGCAUGCGGGGCUCACAGCGCCAUCCCACAUGAAGCGCUCAGCCUCCCUGGCCAAGCUGGACUGCCUGGACCUCUCGAAAGACGACUUAGCCGAGAGGGAGCGCGCCCCCUCGGAGCCCUGUCCCCACCUGCUGCCCCCGGGCAGCCCACCUGGAAGGCUCUGCACAUCUUCCUCCUCGCUGCCAGGCCUCGCCGAUCCAAAGCCCACGAAGCAUUUUGUAGAGCAGCUUAAAACGACUGAGUGCAUUGCCCAGAGCAAGCCGGUGGCGCGGCCCCUCGUGCAGUAUGCCAAAGAGUUUCGGGUGGGUCCACCUGGCCCAGUCCCCGGUGCGCCACCUCUAUUGACUCGCUCCGAAGAGGCGCUUCCGCUGCUCCGGGCGCCGGGGCCGGACUCGCCGUGCCCGGCUCCGAAGCUGGCCGUGGCGCCACGGCAGCAGCACGGCAGAACUCACCCCCUGCGGAGACUCAAAAAGCCUAGUGACAAAAAGCGGACGCCCAAUCCUCUCUAUAACACCAUGUGA